AUGACGGUAUCGAACGCAACCGCUUCCUCUGUCCAGCUCACGACUGCAGCAUUACUCUCCUUAGACAGAGAGCUGACUGGAAUCGUCGGCCAUGAGGCCCGGGAGUGGUUCAAGACCAUCGUAGAGGUUUGGAUCUGCUCCAUCCUCUCGGCGCUAGGUGUGGCCACGAAUGUAUUGGUCAUCGCCGUGUUCACCAGACAGCGCUUCAGAGACAACAUCUCCAUCUCGAUGACGGCAAUAGCUGUUUGGGAUUUACUCAAAUGCGUCAGCGGCGUACUAUGUCGGCUGUACUGGGCUAUGGGCUUGGAGGACCCCGUGUUAGGAGAGAUGUGGCUGGAGGUUCCGGCCAUCUUACUGAGCUACUUACAUAGCUUCAUGGGGUUCGUAUCAUGCGCUCUAGCGGCCUACGUGUCCAUGGAGCGCUGCUUGUGCGUAAGCAUGCCCUUUAAGGUCAAGGACAUAUUCACACGACGGUUGACUUUGAUCAUGAUGAUUACCAUUUCUAUACUGGUCAUGAGUUCAUUUAUGGUUAUAUUUCCUUUAUGGGAAAUCAAGCAGGUCUUUGACCUCGAUCGUAAUGCAAGCACGACCAUUAUGGUAUUUAGCGAUUUCCAUAGUGAUUUUGGCGUGCCCGUACUGCGGUACUACAACAUUAUCAGCGUAUUGUGGCCGUUGCUAAGCUUUAUCGUUAUCGUUGUCAGCGCUGGAGUCAUUUUAUACAACUUGCAGAAAUCAUCAAAGUUCCGAGGCAAAAACGAAAACAUGCAGGAAGAUGGAAUGUCCAAGAGGGAUUUACAGGUCGUCAAAAUGCUCAUUGUCAUCAUCGCUGUCUAUAUCGUGAAUUUGUUCCCACGAAUUGCGCAGUAUUUCGCCAGAUUCUUCGAACCCCAAUUUAUCUCCGCAUGCGAUAUCAUAACCUUUUCAUUGUGGUUAUUACUAUAG